AUGCUGCCGUUAAACACGAACAGACGAUGGUUUGGGACAAACUUAGACCUCAGCCUCGAGUCCGAGGACGGAUCCUGCCCGAGGGACUGCUGCCACACUCCUGCAGAGCAAGACCAGGUGAGACUGCUGCCGUACUGCUACAGAGCAAGACCAGGUUGGUUUUUGUCCAAAAAGAAGAAGAGGUUCAAGAAUCCAAAAAGAAGCAGAAGCAGGAGAGAGACGGUCUUCCACGCCAUGACCCUGAGUGACUGA